UUUGAUUUUGUAUAAGUUUAAAUUAGGAAGAAGAGAUUGAUAUUAGAAGUUAAAGAAUUGUGGUUAUAAAUUUUGAGUUUUGAUAUGUUAUGAAUAUAUGAAGUAGAAUAUAAGAAAGAUGGGGUUUAAGGUUUGGGGUUUAGAGUUUAGAGGUUUAGAAAAUAACCUCGUUAAUAACUCGUAACUUACGAAGCAUUUACGAGGAACAGAAAGACGGGCCUCGAAAUUUCAUCGUUUUAUUUGGGACGGGCCUCGCAAUUUCCUCGUAAUGUUACGAGGGUUUUACGAGUAACAAAAAGACGGGCCUCGCUAAUUUAUCGUUUAGUUUGGGACGGGCCUCGCAAUUUCCUCGUAAUCUUACGAGGUUUUUACGAGAAAGAGGAACACGGGCCUCUUUAAUUCCUCGUAAACUUACGAGGAAAUUGCGAGACCUCCGUAACUUAUAUAUACAACCUCACAAACCUCACACUGUCCAUUCCUCCCAACUUCCUCUCCACUUCCUCCCCAUUUCGUCUCUAACUCCUUUCCCAUUCCUCUCUCCUCCGAAAAUGGUUCGCCAGCGCAUGCUUACUGCUCACUACAGGGAGAUAUUCGGUGAGCCUGGUAGUCAGUUAGACCCGCCAGGUUCUUCUUCAGGUGCCGGCGGUUCAGGUUCUUCGGAUCAGGAGUCUGUUCCCGAGACUCAGCAUUUCUUCCCUCCGAUUCCUCCUCCGAUGGCUCAGCCUCAGCCGAUGGCUCAGCCGAUGGCUCAGCCGAUGGCUCAGCCGAUGGCUCAGCCGAUGGCUCCUCCGGUGCCUCCUCCGAUGGCUCCUCCUGAGAUCCCCGCCGCUGUUCAUCCCGAUCUCAUGGUGCCACCUACUGUUCCCUUCUCGCAGUACACUGUCGAGGAUAUUCUUGGUAUGCCAGGCAGAGCUGGUUUACCAAUCAUAGACCCCGACAGACCCGACGGGACUUUAUGGUUUGGGGUUGACAAUUCCCUUGCGACAGAUGUAACCGAGACGAUUAAAGGUUACUUCUCCAUGGCGCAUCCAAACUGGAAAUUGACGCCGAUCUACAUCCGAAAGACGUGGUUCAAGAUUUACGCUCAAAAGUAUCAUUGGUCCAUCGGGGUCAGUGAGAGAGUGAGGAAGGCGUUUUACGAAAAGGCGCAAGUUCGCUUGUCGGACACGGUUUGCAACUGGAAGGGUGCCUGGAUCGUCAAGGGGUACACCCGUGGCAAACCCGCUGAGCUUACCACGGAUGUUUGGGACGGCCUCAUCCGUUACUGGAAGGAUCCUAACUCCAUUAGGAUCGCAAACAUUUGUGCUGCCGCCCGUAACACGGUAGACGAGCACGGUAACGGCCCGAUGCUACACUCUACGGGCCAAAAACCACAUGCCGGUGUCCGUUUGAAAAUGGCCAAAGAGUUGGGACGUCUCCCGACUCUUCCGGAACUUUACGAGCGGACCCACAAAAACAAGGCGGGCCAGUUUUUAGAUGGCAAGUCCGAGCAAAUCUACAACAACGUAAUUGCUCGGGUUGAGGAGCGCCAGACUCAGCUGACCCAGCAGUCCGGCGACGGAUUACCAGUUACCUUAUCCACAACUGAAGUGGAUAAGAUUUACGAGGAGGUUGUCCCUAAGAAAAAGGGACGUACGUUGGGGAUCGGUUCCGUCAAUGAUGUCCCGAGAGCGACAUCAUCUUAUGCUCAGAGACAGACCGAAGAAGUCACUCAGUUGCGUUCCGAGCUGGGCGCGACCAAAAGCCGUGUGAGUGGACUCGAAGCCUUCAUCGACGUUAUAGCGUCCACAAAUCCGGAAUGGGAAGCUUUGUUGAGGAACAUGAAACAACAAAAUCCCAUUCCAGGCGAGUCAUCGGGCACACAUAACGAGGAGGAUGUUACGAGGAGGAGCGAGGAAUUCUACGAGGCGAUGAACGAGCCUUAGUUUUUUUAGUUUUUUUUCGGUUUAUGUAUUAUAAAAUCCAAAACUUAAUUAUAUAUAAAAUAUUUUGUUGCUUGUGAA